AUAUACCUUGUUAUGGUUUUAAUCUUGAACGGCGGGCAACUCCAGUAAAAACAAAGAAAACAAGAGGUGAAUCCUGGGAAACGACAACAUGGGAUCGGGUCCCAACAACACACGAGGGAGAGGAACAUGAAACGAGGCAACGACCCCAAACAGACAUCAAAUGAUCAAAUCUAAGCCCUCCAAACAACAAUUCUUUGAUUAUUCCGUCACCUCCCCACCGCAUCAAUAUCUCAACUUCAAUUUUUCCCUGAUUUCUUACUCUUCUUGACUAUCUUUCUCUUUUGUUCUUCCCCACCUCUGGAUAAGCUGAAUUACUGAAACCCCAUAUGAAUUUUCGUCUAUUCUGAGCUGGUUUAAGUUAUGGAGGAAGCAGAGAAGAAGGUGGAAGGAGGGAGUCUGAAUAUUAAUGGGUUCUCUCCGGUGUCUUCAUCUCCUCCUGUGUUCUGGAAAUCCAGGAGAAGAUCAGUCAGAAUGAAGAAUAUAGACACAACAUCAGACGGUCCGACACCAAAUAAAUUCAUGGAGAAACAGCAAGCAUCAUCUGCAACAGAUGUAUCGGAUGUUGAUAAAUCCCUGGAAAAACAGCAAGAAUCAUCCACUGACGACAAGCAGCAAGAGCCAAACACCUUCUCCACGCUUUCAGAGAAGCGGAAGGCUUUGUUCGAACCACUGGAGCCUGUGAUUAACAUAAAUGGCAAACGUCCUUCAGCAGAAUCACUGCUUCCUCCUCCCGACUUUGAGUCUGCAAGUUAUCCACGAGGUUGGCUGAUUGGUAAGAAACGGAAGCUUGUCAAUGUGGAUGUUGUCGAGAGCAUGCGGAGAAUAGCCGUACAAGAAAUGAAUCGAAAGGACAGAGAAAUCGACGGGCUGAACGAGCAGCUAGAGGAGGAUGCGCGAUGCCUGGAGCACCUUCAACUGCAGCUGCUGGAAGAACGGAGCAAACGGGCUGAUGUAGAGAGACAGAACACUAUGCUGCAAAACCAGAUAACAAUGCUUAUGGACAUGUUGCAUGAAAACGAAGCGGGAGAGGACGAAGGGAUCAAUCCGAUGCCGUAAAACUUUAUCUUUCUACUUUUUUCUUUUUAAUUGGCUAUGCCUUAUUCUUUUGUGUAUGUAGAAUUAUAUAGAAAGUGUAAACCUUAAGACCAAUCAAGGAAGUGUCUCUGUGCCAGUUUUUGUUGUAAUUAAGGUCUGAUUGUUGUAAUUACCUUAGAGUUGUGGUUUGUUCUAUGAAUGAAAGGAAAAAUAUGGAAAUGAUGAUUAUGCUGCAGAGAUUCGAGUUUGACUA